CGUUUUUAUUCUAGGGUUUCACUCUCUCUCUCUCUCUGAAUCAAUCACAAUCCCAAAACCAAGCCAUGGCCGAGAUCAUGAACAUGCCCGUCGACUCCUUGGACCGCCGUCGCGACCGCAAAGACAAAUCCUCCGAAGAGCCCCCUCCUCCUCCACCUCCUCAAUCCUCCUCCCCGUCCCAACAACAACCGCCGCCGCCGCAACAGCCCUCCCGACGACGCGACCGAGACGAAAAGGAGAGGGAGAGGGACCUCGACCGCCCGCCUCGCCGCCCGGACUACUACGAACGGGGAAAUCGCUCCCCUCCGCCUCCGAGGGAGAGAGAUAGAGACAACAGGGAUUACAAGCGCCGCGGCAGCCUCAGUCCCCCGCCUCCCUAUAGAGACCGCGGCCGGCACUCGCCGCCUCCGUUUAAGCGCUCUAGGAGGGAAGAUGGAGGCUACGACGGCAGGCGAGGGAGUCCCCGAGGCGGCGGCUUUGGACCUGGAGGAGGUGAUCGGAGGUCUGGAUAUGAUUAUGCAAGUGGAUAUGAGCGGGAGAUGGGGGGUAGACCUGGUUAUGGUGAUGAUAGGCCUCAUGGUCGUUAUGCUGGACGCUCAUCUGGUGGCUAUGGUCCUUCUGACUGGGAUUCAGGACGUGCUGGUUUUGGCGAUGCUUCCAAUACUGGGGCCACUCAAAGAGAAGGCUUGAUGUCAUACAAACAAUUCAUCCAAGAACUGGAAGAUGACAUUUUGCCAGCUGAAGCUGAGCGCAGAUAUCAAGAAUACAGGGCAGAGUAUAUAUCGACUCAGAAGCGAGCUUAUUUUAAUGCUCAUAAAGAAGAGGAAUGGCUAAAAGACAAAUAUCAUCCCACAAACUUACUUACUGUAAUUGAAAGGAGAAAUGAAAUAUCACGGAAAACGGCAAAGGAAUUUCUGCUUGAACUACAAAGUGGAUCCUUAGACUUAGGUCCAGGUUCCUCAGCCUCAAAUAAAUCUGGACAUACUAGUGAACCGAAUUCUGAUGAUGAAGCUGAUGUGGAUGGCAAAAGAAGACGUCAUGGGAUAGAGCCGAAUAGAGAAAAUGAUCUUGUUUCUACUGCUCCUAAGGCUCACCCAGUCAGUUCUGAUCCAAGGCGUAUACGAUUUGACGUUGAACAAGCUCAAGCCCUUGUCCGCAAACUUGACUCUGAAAAAGGAAUUGUUGAGAAUGUCUUGUGUGUACCUGAGAAUGACAAAAUGAACAGAGAAAAAUCUCAUGGUGGUUCCACUGGUCCUGUUGUUAUUGUACGUGGUUUGACAUCUGUUAAGGGCCUAGAGGGUGUUGAGCUACUUGACACCCUUAUCACCUAUCUUUGGCGCGUACAUGGUGUAGAUUAUUAUGGGAUGAUUGAGUCAAACGAUGCUAAAGGUUUGAGGCAUGUGAGAGUAGAGGCAAAAGGUUCCGAUGUAGGUAGUAAUGGAGCCGAGUGGGAAAAGAAAUUAGACUUGCAUUGGCAAGAGAGAUUGCACAGUCAAGAUCCCUUGGAAGUAAUGACUGCCAAGGAUAAGAUAGAAGCUGCUGCUUUACAAGGCCUAGAUCCCUUUGUGCGGAAGAUUAGGGAUGAAAAGUAUGGCUGGAAGUAUGGUUGUGGUGCCAAGGGUUGCACUAAGCUCUUUCAUGCUGCUGAAUUUGUUCACAAACAUCUCAAGUUAAAACACCCUGAGCUACUGGUGGAUGUCACUGUGAAAAUGCGGGAGGAUAUAUAUUUUCAGAAUUACAUGAAUGAUGCAGAGGCGCCGGGUGGAACUCCUGUUAUGCAGCAAUUGAUAUUGAGGGAUAAACCACAGAGACGCAGGCCAGGUAUGGAGAAUAGAUUGAAAGAUGAGCGUGGUAAUCGAAGAGAACGAGAUAACCGAGCCAAUGGUGGUGAGAGGUAUGAUAAUAUGCAACAAGGUGAAUUCCAGUCCAACAAUGAUGGCCAAGAUGGAGGAAAUCAUGAUGAACCAAUGUAUGAUAAUUUUGGUGGACAAGGCAUGCAUGGUGGUCCUCCUUUCACAUCAGAUAUGAACCCACCACCUGUAUUGAUGCCUGUGCCUGGUGCUGGUCCACUUGGGCCUUUCGUUCCUGCUCCACCUGAAGUCGCAAUGCAGAUGCUGCGAGAUCAAGGUGGUCCUCCACCCUUUGAAGGCAGUGGUAGAAAUAUGUGGGCUGGACCUCAAAUGAGUGGGCCAGCCCCUAUUCUUGCUUUGUCCCCAGCUUUUCGGCAGGAUCCUCGACGUUUAAGAAGUUAUCAAGAUCUUGAUGCACCUGAGGAUGAAGUCACAGUGAUAGACUACAGGAGCUUGUAGAUAGUUUCCAACUGUAUAAUUGCAACUUGCUUCACAGGCAAACUUUUGUACGUUCCCUGUGAGUUACGUUGAAUGCACUCAUUUUUGUUGAUGAGGGUAUUUCUUGUUAAGGUCAUUAGCAAGAUGUGCUGUUGGUGAUUUAACUCACUAUUCUGUUGCUACCUUUGAUUCCCCGAGAUUCUGACCGGUAAUUAAUUAAUGUUUUCCGGGUCGGAUAUUGGUUGGUCUGAAAAUAUUUGCUUAUGGUUGUAAAUUGGAGUUGUGGAGAACAGAUUUUAAGCGACUCUACAUUCCUUUU